UUUACUCUAACAGAACCUGCAUUUAUCUGCCCCUUUAAAGAUAAACAAAUCAAAGCCAAUGUCUAUGAUACAGUCUCUAUUCGUUUCAAAGUGUUGGCUUAUCCAGAGAUUACUUCAGUGAUUGUAACAAAGUCUACUACGAAUAAUACGAGUCUAGACAACGAAGAUGUUAAUUGGAGAGUUGCGUCUACACAAUUAACUGAAGUACUCUGGUUUAUAGAACUUUUUAAAUGCAUAAUUCAAGAGGAAGACUUCGGCAACUACUCUGUAAGUGUCACGUCUAAUCAGAAAACGUCAUCAGAUGAAAUAAUUGCUAUUAUUCUAAAAGAUCCUUCACGAUUGAUAAUGAUCCCAGAAAAUUACUGUACCAAUGAUACAUCAACAAUUGUCUACAGACUAGUCAAAUCAGGGCUGCCUCUUUUAGUUCCCAGUAACAUGUCCAAACCAUACAGUACUGAGAUUGUACCAAACAAGUUGGCCAGUGAAUACCUAAUCAAAGUGUAUCUUCAAAAUUGUGCACAGUUUCUGGGAAAACAAGAAACAUUUACAUUACUGGCUGGACCAGAAGCAUUCCAUUUAACAUUCAGUACUAGACAAAAUGGUUACAGUUUACCGUUGUGUGUACCUUUAAACGAAGAGACAACGUUGUUAACAACCAUUGGAGAAGAUCUUAUGUUCACUAUGUGCUUGAUAUCAGACAGUAUAAUACAUGAAGACAAUGUAGGUUUGAACAAAAUGUUAAGACGUAAGUUCAACCCAUCUAAAUAUUCUGUGGACAUCAAGCAGGACAAAAAUGAACAUAACAUAACUUGGACAGUAAGAAAUAUAACCAGAGAUGACAUCAAGUUUUAUGUGUUUAGAAUAAGAGACAAUUUAAAAAGAACAGCGACAUUGAUUUUAAACUUAAAAUUAAAAGAAGGAGCAACAUAUUUUUGUGAUGACAGUAAACCUACAGUAAAACAGAUCUCAGACAAGACUCUAAAAGUUGGUCUUUGUAUUCGAUCUUACCCGGUACUGAGUCGAGAUAUUCUGAUCAAUGACGUAAAUUACAGAAUUAUGAUUCAUGACAUCGUGGAAGGAAUCACAAGAAACACCGGCGACGUGGCUGCUGUGUCUAGUGUCGACGAAAAAACGUUUUCCAAUUAUAUAACACUCGAGUUUCCAGAGACAUACAUUCUGAAGCCUGUGAACAUUACAGUCAGAUCUGUCAAAAAUGUAACUUUUUCCUUGGUCUUAAACCUGACCUUAAACAAUGAAAUAAAAACAACAGUGGGAAGUGUUAUAACAAGUAUCUCUCAAUAUGGAGAUAGAGGUAGGUAAUACUAUA